AUGGGAAUUGUACAAUUUGAUUUAUUGGAUCAUCAUCUAAUUCAUGCGAACAAUUUUUAUGCGCAAAUGUUUGGUAACACGAAUUACACUCAGGUGCAAACACAAACAGGUGAUGAUGAUUUGGAUUGUUAUAUACAAACUGAAGAAGUGGAUAAAGAAACUGUCUGGACACAAAUUCCAUACUCGGAUGAUCGAAGUUGGUAUGGUAUAGUGAAUAAUUCUAGUGAUAUCGUUUAUCACAAAUAUUGCAAUAUUGAUAAUCCUGAAAUUGAACUUUUCAAAACUUAUCAUUUUGAAAUGGAAAAAUUUUGCAAGUUUAUUUCUAUUGCUGGUCAGGUUUUUAUCGAUAUAAUGCAAUUAUCAUCAAAUAAUGAAACCAAACUAUCAUUGGAAUAUCAUACAUCGUUUAAAUUUAGUACAGCUGCUAAAAUUACAAGUGUAUUUCAUCGGGGGAAUCGUUUGUUUGUAGCAUUUUAUGUUGAGCAAGCAUCAAGUGAAGAAAUUAUCAAUCGAAGUAUUAUCGCUGAAUUCGAUAUUUGCAUAUCAAAUGCCCCUCAAAAGUGA